GAGUACACCCUGAGCGAGCACUUCGACCCCGCCGACGGGACGGCCUACGACGUCGUCAAGAUCGAGGACAUCGCCUACAAGCACUACGGGGACGAGUUGAAGUCCUCAGUCCCUGACUAUAAAGAAACCGCGGUCGAGCCUGAAGACAUUGAGGAUCGCAAUCAGAAUCACGUGUCUUACGUCACCUCCGUCCGAACCUUCACACCAGCCGUGACCACGACUUCGACCACCACCACAACCACCACGCCCGCACCUUCUUCCGCCACGCCCCUCCGCGCCCACCACCGCCACCGCUCCCAUCAUCGGCCGGUAGUCGGACCACGCCCCUCGGCCACGCCCUGGAGGUCGUCCUACGACACGGCGACGGAGGAGGAAGUCUCCCGCAACGCUUUCGUCAACGCCCUCCCCCCUUCGAAGACGCGAGACAUGGCCGCCAACAGGAGGGUCUCCCUCAUGAGCAACUCGGUGGAGAGCGAGGACGAGGACGACGACGACGACGAAGGGGACGAGGAAGACCAGGAGAACGAGGAGCAGCAGGAGCAGGAGGAGAUGGACCUGGACCUGGAGGAGCGGCAGGACGAGGAGGGCGCCGCCGUGCAGGACAAGGCGACGAGGACGCAGACGAAGUACGCGGGGAGAGCCAGGUCCUCGACGCCCCACAAGCGGAUCCCCACCGGCGAUGCCAUGGCGGUCAUCGACGACAUCGUCAAGAACUACCAGAAGGAGCAGAGGAGGAAGAUGAGGAAGCAGAGGAGGGAGCAGCGAAGGAGGCGCAGAAUGGAGCUCAGGAAGAUACGCCCUCCCCGCGACUGCCGCGUGACCGAGUGGUCCGCGUGGUCGCCCUGCAGCAAGACCUGUGGCAUCGGCGAGCAGACGAGGACAAGAACCAUCCUGAAGCACGCGCGCCGGGGAGGGAAGGCGUGUCCUGUGCUCGAGGAGACGACCUGGUGCGGUUCGGCCGGCGCCUGUCCGAGGGAUUACUUCAUCUGGUCUUAAGGAUCCCGCUGAGGAGGAGGGAGAGAGGGGAAUCAGGG